GUGAAGUUGAUUGCAGGUUGAUUCUCCGUCCUCCACUAGACGCUGUCAUGUUGGAUACGUUUAUUAGAACCUUCUUUAAAAACUGUGUUUAGACUAAAGAGGAAAACAGUUUGGGCAUAAAGUAAUGCUGGUGAGGCCGAAGUUCUUGUGGAUCAAAGUUUGAAACAGAGAAGACUCAGAGUUAUGGAUUGACAAACAGCUUUCUGAAAGGACAGUGUAGUGUAAAGACAAAAUGGCCUCUAAACUUGAAGCGGAUCUCUGCUGUCCUGUGUGCUGUGACUUCUUCAAGGAUCCUGUCCUUUUGACCUGUGCUCACAGUGUGUGUAAAGCCUGUCUGCAGCAGUUCUGGGACACCAAAGGAUCCAGAGUGUGUCCAGUCUGCAGGAGAAAGUGCUCAAAGGACGAUUACCCUCCUAACAUGGCGUUAAGAAACCUGUGUGAGACAUUCUUACAGGAGAAAAGUCCGAGAGCUUCAGCAGGGUCUGAGGCGUUCUGCAGUCUGCACAGUGAGAAACUCAAGCUCUUCUGCCUGGAGGAUAAACAACCUGUGUGUUAUGUGUGUCGGGACUCAAAAACACACAAAACCCACAACUUCAGUCCCAUCAAUGAGGCUGCACUAGAUAUUAAGGAGGAACUCAAGAUCAAACUGGAGCCUCUAAGAAAUAAAUUCAAGACCUUUGAAAAAGUUAAACUCAUCUAUGACCAAACAGCAGUGCAUAUUAAGACUCAGACCCAGCACACAGAGAAACAGAUCAAGGAGGAGUUUGAGAAGCUGCACCAGUUUCUACGAGAUGAAGAAGCAGCCAGGAUAGGUGGACUGAGGGAGGAAGAGGAGCAGAAGAGUCAGAUGAUGAAGAAGAAGAUUGAGAAGAUGAGCAGAGAGAUCUCAUCUCUUUCAGACACAAUCAGAGCCACAGAAAAGGAGAUGGAAGCUGAUGACAUCACAUUCCUGCAGGUUUCAGGACCUCUGAUCAAUGUGGCAAAACACCUGGGCAACCUGAAGUUCAGAGUCUGGGAGAAGAUGCAGAAGCUUGUUCAAUACACUCCUGUGACUCUGGAUCCCAACACUGCAAACCCACGACUCAUCCUGUCUGAGGAUCUGACCAGUGUGAGAUGGGGUGAUGAGAGACGACGGCUUCCUGAUAACCCAGAGAGGUUUGAUGAGUAUGCCAGUGUCCUGGGCUCUGAGGGCUUUAACUCAGGGACUCACUGCUGGGAUGUGGAGGUUGGAGAGAACACAUGGUGGGGUGUGGGUGUGGUGAUAGAGACUCUCCAGAGGAAGGGAGACUAUACCUCCAUGAGUGGACAGUGGUAUGUGAGGUAUAGAGAUGGUAAAUAUGGAGCAUGGUCUCCACCACAGCCCCCUACUCUCCUCACAGUGAAGCAGAAACUCCAGAGGAUCAGAGUGCAGCUGGACUGGGACAGAGGAGAGCUGUCAUUCACUGACCCUGAUAAUAGCACACAUCUACACACUCUCACACACACUUUCACUGAGAGAGUUUAUCCAUACUUUGAUACUGGCUGUAAACUCUCUCCUCUGAGGAUCUUACCAGUGAGAGCUUCAGUGAAAGUAGAGCAGCACAGCAAGAGAUGUCACUUCCUUUUGCCAGGUUAAUAAUGACUUGUUCAUGGUGUUAAAAUGUCUUCAUGCAUUAACCAUUCUGACUAAUUGGUUGUAUUGUUAGUUGCCUUAAGAGAAUCCCAGAGGUCUCACGUGAUCUGAACUCUGUAAAUAUGGCAAAUUGAAGGGCAAAUACCUUUGACAGAAAUGUGUUGUAAAAGAUAUUCCUAAACAACUUCCUUUUAUUGUCUAAACGUAUGCUGAUGGUGACGCAACAUGGUUACAGAAUUGACAAGCCUGACAGAAAUGUUAAUAAUACUUUUUGCAAACAUUUGAUUGUCAUUUAUUUUGAUUUAAACCUUUCUGAAGAGGCAAGUCAUUCUCAUUUUGACAGUUUUGUAAGCAAUUAUGUAUACUUUCAGAUUUGUAAGCCUCCUUUUCUACUCGUUUGUAUCCAAAAUGUACAAUAAAAUAGAAAACAAAACAUACGUACAACUAGUGCAUAUCUACAUCUCGGGACUAUUCGUUUUUUGUGUAUUUGUCUUUAACAAUGACAACACACAUUUA